AUGUGUCUUCCCACAGGCAGCGGGAAAACGGUUAUUUUUGCAAACUUAAUUCCUACGAUACCUUCUCCUAAUCCACAGGCAUCAAAGGUACUUGUUUUGGCUCACAGAAUAGAGCUUAUAGAACAAGCAAAAGAUCAGAUCCUGCGAUACAACCCUGACUUGACUGUGGAUGUUGAGCAGGGACAUCAGGAGAGUCUUUCUCUAAACCCAAAUGUAGUGGUUGCAUCAAUCCCAAGCUUGACCAGUACAAAUAAACAAGGCACCAAAGGACAUCGCUUGCAAAAGCUCAAUCCAAAGGAAUUCAAGGCCAUCAUUGUGGAUGAGGCUCACCAUGGCGUCUCUCAAAGCUACAAAACUAUUUUUGACUACUUUGGUGUGCUCAACAAGAGUUCAACUACGCUAUUAUGGGGUUGUACAGCUACGCCGGCAAGAGCAGAUAGACAAUCAUUGACGUCAAUUUUUGGCCCUGUACUCUACAGCGUCAAUAUGAUGGAGCUUAUCAAUAAUGGAUUCUUGAGCGACUUGCAGAUUGUCACGGCCAAAACAAACGAGCAAUUGGAGGUGAAUGCCUACUGCAAGUUCGUUGUUGACAAAUGGAAACAAUUUGCACUGCCUCAAAAUAGAAAAUCAACGCUUGUGUUUGUCAAGAAGCUACAAGAUAUUCCAAUCCUCUGUAAGGCGUUCAACAAUGCUGGCUUCAACAGCAUCGACUCUAUUACCCAAAGCACUGAGCAAGCCAAGCGAGAAAUGGUGAUGGAUGAUUUUAAGAAUGGAACCUUAUCCAUCCUGGUAGAUUGUAUUCUUUUGGCCAGGAAGACCAAAUCGCCAGCUUUUCUGUAUCAAAUGAUCGGUAGAGGCUCUCGAUUGCAUCCAGAAAAAUCAGAUUGCUUGGUCAUUGAUUAUCAGACGAACUUUGAGAGAUUGAUUUAUAGCAUCUUUGAUAGUGGAGACGACUCGGAAGAGCUGCAAACCAGUUGGCUCUCAAAGAGGCAGUUGAGCAUGUGGAAAGCCAAAGUAGAUUCAGGAACCGAGCAUUAUGACGAAAAUGAUAUACAAAUAUCUCAGUACAGUAGCAUACAGGAAAUGAUCCAAACAGGUUUUGUUGCCGAGCAUAAAGUCGAGCGAAAAGACGAGCUUAAUGUCCAUGAAUCGACAGACCCCGUACCUUCUGCCGCUACAUCGCUGUAUAAUGUUAUUAAUGAUUGUAUUGAAGCUCUAAGUAACAUUCGCCUACGGUAA